UGCCGACAGCCCUGCCUGCCUAAAAUGAAAAAGAAGUGGUUCUUCCCAGCUUCCUGUAGCUUCUUCUUCUUGUUUUCUGUGCUCAUGACUGGCUGCUUUCUGUGGCAAUAUCACCUCCCCAAGCUGAAGACUGGUUCCUCAGGACCAGAGGUGACCUCUGCCCCUGUGAAGAUGUGCCCCCAGCACCCUGAGCCUGUCCCCCUGGUACACCCUCUACCUGUGUUGAAGGAGGCCUUGGAAAAGGUGGACAAGAUGCUGCUCCAGGCUCUAUCUGCUCCAGGCCUAGCUGCCAUGUCUGCAGUUGUCAUCCACAAUGACACUGUGCUCUGGACGAGAAACUUUGGGAAGAAGAAUGGCUCAGAUCCAGCUUCUGGGCCCCCCAAUGAAUACACCUUGUACCGGAUCUCCAGCAUCUCCAAGAUUUUUCCUGUGCUCAUGCUGUACCGCCUUUGGGAGGAGGGCAUUGUGGCCUCUCUGGAUGACCCCCUCGAGCAGUAUGCCAGCACCUUCACCAUUAAUAACCCUCUGGGUAUGGCAUUGACCUCCCAACAACAGAGUCUGGUGGAUGGACUGGAGGAGGUGGGUCCAGUCCCAAGGCCUUCACCUGUCACACUCCGAAGGAUGGCCAGCCAGCUCUCAGGGUUGCCCAGAAGGCUUCGCUCAACUUCCCUGCUAUGGAGGGGCAGCACCCAGGAGGCACUGCGCUUGCUCAAGGAUGAUGUGUUGGUGGUGGACCCAGGAACCAGGUGCCACUACAGCACGCUGGCCUUCUCGCUACUGGCGCACGUCCUGGCCGAGCACACGGCCCAGCGUGAUUACCAGCGCUGGGUCUGGGACAACGUGCUGGAGCCGCUGGGCAUGGUCGACACAGGCUUCGACCUCUCGCCGUCAGUGCGCGCCCGCCUGGCGGCCGGCUUCUAUGGCAGCGGGCGGCCCGCGCCGCUCUAUGACCUGGGCUGGUACCGCCCGUCCGGCCAGAUGUACUCCACCGCCGCAGACAUGGCCAAGCUGGCCGUGGCGCUGCUGGGCGGCGGGUCCCGGCGGCUGCUGCGGCCUGAAGCGGCCAAGACGCUGCUGGCGCCGCUGCGGGCCUGCCCCGGCUCUUACUUCGCCCGCGAGACCGGCACGCCGUGGGAGGUGCACGCGCAGCGGGGCUACCGCGUACUGCGCAAGGACGGCGAGCUGGACGGCUACGCCGCCACCUUCUCGCUGGUGCCUCCGCUGCGCCUCGGCCUGGUGCUGCUCCUGGCCGGGCUGCGGCCUCCCGGGCCCGAUCUGGUGGCGCGGGCCUACGAUGUGCUCCUACCCGCCCUGGAAAGGGCACUGCGGGAGGCCGAGCGCAGCCCCGCCCCGCCGCCCAGCGCGCGCCCCUUCGUUGGCUACUUCACCUUCGCCAACAAGACCUUCUACGAAGUGCGCGUCGGGCCGGCGGGCGAGCUGCGCCUGCGCCAGUUCGGGCCGCGCGUGGAGGCGCUGGUGCCGCCCGCCUUCCGCACGCUGACGCUGAGCCACGUGCGCGGCAGAGUCUUCCAGCUGCACGUGGCCCGCGAGUUUCCGUGUGCGCUGCCGCUGGGGGAUGCCUGGCUCUCCCUGGAGGCCCAGCACGGGCAGCUCGUCAAUUUCUACGCCCUGGACCGCCACGGAAGGUCGCCUGGCUUCGACGUGCCGGGCCUCAACACCUACCGGGUGCUGCGGCUGCCGCAGGAGCCCAUGUUCAAGACACAAUGACCCCGGGCUCAGCCCGGAGCCUCCCCUGGCCGGUCCUCUUCAGAUCGGUGGUUGGAAGGUAAAGUUGCCACAGUCCUUGGCAGAGGAGGGCGGCGCUCUGCUGCUUAGUGAUCCAUGGACCAUGCCAGGUGUGUAAAUGUGCUUUUCAAUGGAAAAUUGUUUCUCACAGAAAUGAAGGGAAACAUUUAGCAAUGUUAACAGCAGGUUAGCAGAGUAUACUUUUGUGUCUGUUGAAUCUAAAAUCUAGUAUGCACUUGUUUACUUUUUAAAAGUCAACUUUGCCUGACUUGCCUAUCUUCCUCAUUAAUAAACAAAAUAUUUAGAACAAUUUUAAAAAAGUGGUAUGGGAGAUGGCACAGUGGGUAAAAAUCAACUUUAUUCGGUUAUGAUUUAUAGGAAAGAUAAAUGUUAUCAGAAUACAGAUAUGAAAUUAACAGACCGGGGGUCGGGCGGUAGCGCAGCGGGUUAACUGCAGGUGGCGCAAAGUGCAAUGACCGGCAUAAGGAUCCUGGUUCGAGCCCCCAGCUCCCGACCUGCAGGGGAGUUGCUUCACAGGUGGUGAAGCAGGUCUGCAGGUGUCUGUCUUUCUCUCCCCCCUCUAUCCUUCCCUCGUUUCUCCAUUUCUUUCUAUCCUAUCCGACAACGACGACAUCAACAACAACUACAACAAUACAACAACAAGGGCAACAACAGGGAAUAAAUAAAUGUUAAAAAAAAGAAAAGAAAUUAACAGACCAUAAUAUCCGCCACCAAAUUAAGAUUAAUAAAACUUCUCUCCUCCGGCUUUGCGGUCAUUUCCCUCCCCUGCACCAGUCCAAGUAAUGAUUUCUAUCACUAUCAAUUAGUUUUGCCCUAGAAUUGGAUAUAAAGGAGCCAUACCUUGUAGUCUUUUGUCUUUUUUGCUCAGUGUGAUGAGGUUCAUUUUUAUCUUUGUGUGUGACAAUAGCCUCCUCCCCAUUUGCUGUAUGAUGUUGUUUGUAUAUAUAUCAAAAUGUGUUUAUCCACCUGCUGAUGGAUAUUUGGGAUGUUUUUAGAUUAUAGUAUUGUGGAGAAGCAUUCCUGUACAAGUCUUUAUUGUUGUCACAUGUGUGAAUACAUGUUUUAAUUUCUCUUUGGUAUAAUCUAAGUGUGACAGUUUUUCAAAGCACUUGUAUCACUUGAUGUUUUCACCAGCA